AUCUCGGAACAACAGAAUUUGGCGCUUAAUUUUGGGUAAAUUUCAGAAUUUACGGAUUUGAUUUUUCUCCCGAACCGUCCCAUUACCGGCACAGGAAUUCAGUAGUACGGCGACGACCCAGCUUAUGCUAAAUCGUGUCUUGUGUUUGGCACGCACCUCGAUCAUGGAAUCGAAAUCUCCCUACUUUUCGCCGAAGAAAACUCGCAAUUUUGCGAAACAACAGGGUCUGAGUUUGCUCCAGAAAGUAACUCGCGCCACGAAGGCCACGGAAGAGAAGCAGGCAGAACCGAAGGCUGCGCCACGUGCGACAAAGACCAAAAAGGAUUCACAAACGGAUGCUGCGGAGAUCAAAAUAGAACCUGGUAAAGGCCGUAAGCGAAACAUUCGCACGGAAUCAGCUCCCGUUGCGGCGGGUGCUGUUCAAGUUAAGGUGGAACCACUACCAGAGGAGGAGUUUCCACUAACUCGCCCUGCAGAAGCCGGGGAAAUACUAAUCAAGGAGGAACCGAUCACGGGCGGGUCACCUGUUAAGAGACAACUAGAAGAUAAAGUAGGACCACAAUCGGAUGCUGCGGUGAUCAAAGUAGAACCUGGUAAAGGCCGUAAGCGAAACAUUCGUACCGAAUCAGCUCUUGCGGCGGCUGCUGUUCGAGUAAAGGUGGAACCAGUGCUCGAGGAAGAGCUUCAACUGGUUCGCCCUGCGGAAAAUGAGAAAACACCAACCAAGCGAGAACCUCUAGAGGAUGGGUCGGCGGUCAAGAGAAACCUAAAAAUUGAAGUAGGAUCUGGCUUACCGGAUGUUCCGGAGAAGGAAGGUAAAUGGGAGCCAGCCAACUGGCGCCAGAUGUUGGAAAAUAUCAGACAAAUGCGUAAAGACAAUCCGGCUCCGGUCGAUACGAUGGGGUGCGAUCAGUUCGCACAAGACACAGAGAAUUUGAUUCCAGCGCGUGAGAAGCGAUACCACUGUCUCGUGUCGCUGAUGCUGUCCGCUCAAACGAAGGACACCGUGAACCACGAAUGCAUGAUGCGCUUGAAAAAGCACGGAUUGACCCCCGAAUCGAUCGUUGGCACGGAUGCCACGGUGUUGGAGAAGCUGAUCUAUCCGGUCAGUUUCUAUAAGAACAAAACCAAAUUCAUCAAACAAGCAUCACAGAUCCUGCUGGACCAGUACGGCGGAGAUAUUCCGGAUAGCAUCGAGGGAUUGCUCAAAUUGCCCGGCGUUGGUAAAAAGAUGGCUCACCUGUGCAUGGGCUCCGCCUGGAAUGUCGUCACCGGCAUCGGUGUCGAUACGCAUGUACAUCGCAUCUCCAACUGGCUCAAGUGGGUGCCGAAGGAAACGAAAACGCCGGAAGAUACUCGGCAGGCGCUUGAGAAAUGGCUCCCGUUUGAGCUGUGGGAAGAGGUAAACCAUCUGAUGGUGGGCUUUGGGCAAACGAUCUGCACCUCGACCUAUCCGCGCUGCAACGAUUGCAUGAACGCGCCGAUCUGUCCGGCACGCGGGAAACAUGGCAUCCGUCGCACCCCAAUCAAGAAGGAGAUUAAGGCCGAAGAUUUGGAGUUUUAAUUGAGGUCAGCCACAAUCGUAUUAUAGCUGCAUGGGGCACCCUUGAACAGUACAAAGUACAUCCUUGCGUUUUCAUUGUUUCGUUUCGUUUGAAAUAAAAUACUCAUUCUUUCGAUAUU